AUGGAUGCAUCUAUCUAUCUAUCUAUCUAUCUAUCUAUCUAUCUAUCUAUCUAUCUAUCUCAGUUUGUUCAUAUCUAUCUAUCUAUGUAUUUAUCUAUCUAUCUAUCUAUCAAUUUACAGCUGAAUCUAUCUAUCUAUCUAUCUAUCUAUCUAUCUAUCUAUCUAUCUAUCUAUCUAUCUCACUGUGUUCAUAUCUAUCUGUCUCGGUCUAUUGAUAUCUAUUUCACUCUAUUCAUAUCUCUAUAUGUCUCUCUCUCUCUCUCUCUCUCUCUCUCUCUCUCUCUCUCUAUCUAUCUAUCUAUCUAUCUCUGUUUAUAUCUAUCUGCCAGUCUAUUGAGAUCUAUUUCAUUGUUCAUAUCUAUCUAUCUAUCUAUCUAUCUAUCUAUCAGUCUAUUUGAUUGUUCAUUUCAUCUAUCUAUCUAUAUCUAUCUAUCUAUCUAUCUAUCUAUCUGCCAGUCUAUUGAGAUCUAUUUCAUUGUUCAUAUCUAUCUAUCUAUCUAUCUAUCUAUCUAUCUAUCUAUCUAUCUAUCUGCCAGUCUACUGAGAUCUAUUUCAUUGUUCAUAUCUAUCUAUCUAUCUAUCUAUCUAUCUAUCUAUCUAUCUAUCUAUUUAGAUCUAUUUCAUUGUUCAUAUCUAUCUAUCUAUCUAUCUAUCUAUCUAUCUAUCUAUCUAUCUAUCUAUCUAUCUAUCCCGUUUUAUUUAUUGAGAAUUGGUCGAUUCACGAUAUUGCUCCAGGAAAUAUCAUUCUGA